AGGAUGACGCGCGACACUACCUCCGACCCUCCAUCCCCUGCCCGCCUCCCCUGUGGCGCAGUUUGGACACCUGGAGCACACCGAAUCUGUGAAUCCUGCGGACUGUGGUCGACCGGACCCCAGAAGCAAGCUUUCUUACGAAGAGCACAGAUUUCACCAGCUGGAAAUAAAGACCCUACAGGAAUAAGAGGAGGACAGAAUCCCCUGCACACCUGCAAAUUAGCCCCCUCCCACCCCCGCCCCAUAAAAGCCCAGGAAUUCUGUAUUGAGAUCCUGUGUCAUCAGCAGGCAUGGCAAGCAUCCUUGCACAUGUGGGUGCCAAUCGGGGGCAAAAUGCAGCCAUGCCUCCUUGGGCCCAUUCCUUGCUGAGAUCCCUGGGGAGAAGUCUUGGCCCUUUGAUGGCCUACAUAGCAGAGAGAAACCUGAAAUUGUUCUCAGGGAAGGCAGUGCCAGUCCCGGGGGAAGAAACCUUUGAAAACUGGCUGAUCCAAGUCAAUGGGGUCCUGCCAGAUUGGAAUAUACCUGAGGAAGAGAAGCUCAAGCGUUUGAUGAAAACGCUCAGGGGUCCUGCCCGCGAGGUCAUGCGUUUGCUCCAGGCUGCCAACCCUAACCUAAGUGUGGCAGAUUUUUUGCAGGCAAUGAAAUUGGUGUUCGGUGAGUCUGAAAGCACGGUGACGGCUCAUGGUAAAUUUGUGAACACGCUCCAGGCACAGGGGGAGAAAGCCUCCCUUUAUGUGAUCCGUUUAGAGGUGCAACUCCAAAAUGCUAUCCAGGCAGGCGUCCUGUGCGAGAGAGAUGCCAACCAGACUCGCCUGCACCAGUUCCUGGUAGGGGCUGAGCUGAGUAGGGACCUGCACUGCAGGCUUAAGGGGCUUCUCAGGGUGUAUGCAAAUGAGCCAGAGCAGCUUCCUGAUUUCCUGGAGCUAAUCAGGAUGAUACGGGAGGAGGAAGAUUGGGAUGACACAUUUAUUACACCAAAGGAGCCCAAAAGAUCUGAGUCAGAGGUGGAGAAUGUAAGCAGCCCCGUGAUAUUUGAGGACAACUCCCAAAUCGCCAUGAGCAGUGCUGACUGCAAUGUGAUAGAGAUAGACGAUACCCAGGAUGACUCAGAUGAGGAUGUGAUCCUGGUAGAAUCUGAGGACCCUCCGCUCUCAUCCUUGGCUUCCCCUCCCAUCCCAGACAUCUAUCAGGACCAAGUGCUGCUCAUUGAUUCCCCCAGCACUUCCGCCACUCAGUCUCCCUCCACCAGCCAUGGUGAUGGGCGGAGAGCCAGGAAGCGAAAACACACAAGGGGCUGUACUUCUUGUGGUGAGGAGGGUCACUCAAAAGAAACCUGUGACAAUAGCAACAAGACCCAAGUUUUUGAGAAUCUGAUCAUCACCCUACAGGAGCUGACACAUAGAGAGCAGGGGCCAAGACCUGUCAAAGCCUAUGGCCCCUGUGAGCUACAGUAUGGUGCUGGCCCCCAGCCUUAAAUGAGCCCCUGACUAGGAAAUUACAAGAGGGGAUGUCUAACUUGCAUGAAUUAAUCUGAAAAGCAGUUUUCUUUUGUAUGGAGAAAGGGUCUUGAAUAGCAACUAGUAGAGUGAAAGAAGAUGGCCUGUAAUCCAUCCUUGCUUUUUCUCCCCAUUGCUGAAGAUCCUGUUUUCUGUGUGUGCCCAUUUCCUUGAUUGCUUUGUUCUCUUGAUGAAAAUGGCAUCUUUCAUUGUUAAGUGUUCAACUAUUAGAGAAAAUUAUAAAAAGGUGAUGUACAAGUGAUCUAGAACUCUCCACCCUUUGGUAAAUGUCCUUCUAGAUAUUUCUCUAUGCCUAUGUACACAGAUAGCUAUAUAUUAUAGAUAAGUGAUUCAAUAUAAGUGCUAUUCUAUAUGCUGUAUUUUUUCACCAAACGAUACAUGUGGUGGCCUUCUAUGUCUGUAAAAAAAAUACAAUACAUACAUACAUAUGUAUGUAUAUCAACAUCUACCUUAAUGUCUCUGUGGUAUUAUUUAACGUCUCUGUGAUAGUAUUUUAAGAAGAUGUAAAGGGAAAGAAAAAAUAUACUGAAAAGCUAUAAAG